AUGGCAAAGGCAAAACACGAGGAACUGUACGAAUCAAACUUGCGGAGAGAGACUUGGUGUCGAAUUGAGGCUGACAGUAAAUUCUGGGAACGACCAGAGAAGAGGCACUUCGACUGUCAUCUUCAGAAUACAUAUGACAUUAGCGCGCUGCAAACAGCCCCGACAGUGGAGCGAACCGGCUGGAUGGAACGCACUCCGAGUGCCCGAACCAUCGAGCGAAGACACUUCGAGGAGAGUUAUAAGUCCAACUUGGUAUGAGGACGACAUAGAGGAUUCCCAGAUGACUUAG